UUAGAAUGAUGUCAAAACACAAAAAAUAAGAAAUUAUUCCACAAAGAAUAAUCAAAUUACGUGAAAUCUUGGAUGUUUUCCUCACGCAUCACCCGCUAUGACCAUUGGUAACCAACCAAACCACGAGCCUAAAUCAAAAUAAUCCAAAACAGAAACAUUAAACCAGUCCGGUUAUCAAACUAUCUCUCUCUCUCUCUUACCCUGAAGUUUUUAGCUCUUUUUCGCAUCACUUUCCCUCUCAUUCUUCUUCUUUCUUAUCUCUCUCUCUCUCUUCUUCAUUGCCUCGUGACUGCAACCAAAGCACUUUAAAAAACCCGCCGCACUUCUCAUGAGUCUCCUUCUUCUUCUUCUCCUACUUCACCAUCACCACCGUUAACUCUGUACAAUUUCUAUCUCCUUCCGGGCUCCGAUCUUCAUCUCCGCCAUGCGCUCGCCGCAUGCUUUCCGUAACGGCGAAUCUCCGACUUCGCGUGACCGAACUCACUUCCACUCAACCGUCACAGCUCAGAAACUCCGGCGAUUCAACUCCUUAAUCCUCCUCCUCCGCCUCGCUUCUUUCUCCUUCUCCCUCGCCUCCGCCGUCUUUAUGCUCACCAAUUCUCGCGGCUCCGGUUCCCCUCACUGGUACGACUUCGACGCUUUCAGAUUCGUGUUUGUAGCAAACGCGAUCGUGGCGUUAUAUUCGGUGUUUGAAAUGGGAAGCUGCGUUUGGGAAUUCUCAAGAGAAACCACCUUAUGGCCUGAAGCUUUCCAGGUCUGGUUCGAUUUUGGUCAUGACCAGGUGUUCUCGUACCUAUUGCUAUCAGCAGGAUCGGCUGCAGCAGCAUUGGCUAGAACUAUGAGGGGAGGUGACACGUGUACGGCUAACAAAGCCUUUUGUUUGCAGUCGGAUGUAGCCAUUGGUCUAGGCUUUGCUGCUUUUCUCUUCUUAGCUCUCUCUUCUUGCUUCUCUGCUUUUCGAGUCGCUUGUUUCCUUAUUACUGGCUCUCGUUUUCAUCUUUACUGAUUCUUUCAUCUAAAAAUAACACACAGACUCGUUUCUUACAA